AUGAGCGCCCUCGACGCCGCCCAGCUCGCGAUCUUUGCCCUCCUCAGCCUCCCAGUCCUCUACCUCAUCUACAGCCAUGGCCGUCGUGGAUUCCUAGGCUGGGGCUUCCUGCUUAUCUUUUGCAUCCUGCGACUGACCGGUGCUGGCAUGGCCAUCAGCAACUCCGGUCCUAGUGCGCAGAUUAUAUCCAGCAUUGGGCUGUCCCCGAUGCUGCUCUCGCUUGAUGGGAUUUUGCACGAGGCGAGGACAUAUCGCUAUAAAACACUGAAUAAAGGCCUCGAAUACGCAUUCAUGGCUGUCUUCCAUAUCCUCAUCGUCACCGGCGUCGCACUCGUUGGAACCGGGGCAGGAGGGUUGACAGGAGAACACCCCGAGUCUAGCGAUCUAACCCAUCUCAAAGCCGGAAUGGCUCUGUUAGAGAUUGGCUGGGGUAUAUUGCUUCUAUGGACACUGUGGACGUUGAAGGAUGGAAGUGAUAACGUCGCAACAGCGCAGGAGGGGAGUGUUCUCCUAUAUGGUGUGCUUGUCGCGCUGUUGAUUGAAGAGAUCCAGCUCGUGUACUCCCUCGUGGCGCAGUGUACGCAGCGCGCAGACUUGAAUGCGACGACGGGGAAUCUGGCGGUUCGGGUGGUGCUGGGGUUUUUGCCUGGAGUUGGUGCGACGGCUGUGCUGGUCGCUGUGGGAGUUUGGACGAGGAGUGUUUCUUCAUCUAAAGGUGGGAAUGGGCAUGAUUCGAGGCGGGGUGGGUGGGUUUAG